AUGUCGGACCUCAAGUCCAUCGUCCCAGAGCUCCACAACGCCCUGGAGCGCAAACAGCUGGACGCCGCCAACGACCUGCUCAGCCGAGCAAAGCGCGCCCUCCUCACCCAGAACGCCCUGUUCCCUACUCCUUCCACACCUCCUCAGCUUGUCGCUCUUGCCCGGCAGGUGCUCGAGCUCGGAGCCAUCGCCUCAAUCCGCCAGACCGACGCCCAGACCUUCACAAGAUAUUACCAGCAACUGCAGCCCUUCUAUGAUCUCGAGCGACACGCCGGCUUACCGGGUCAGGGCUCCUCCAAUGUUGAUUUCAGCACUAGCCAACGCAGCAAGAUUACUGGCCUUUACCUGCUGCUGCUUUUGAGCAUGGGUGAUAGCGCCAACUUCCAUACCGUGCUAGAGGGACUGGUCGAAGAGGCUAGCUUGAAGGAUGCCCGAGUUGAGGACGAUGCAUAUAUCAAAUACCCUGUUGAGUUGGAGCGAAACCUCAUGGAAGGAAGCUACGAUAAGGUGUGGCGUGAGACCAAGUCGGAGCGUGUGCCAUCCGAAGACUUUGGCCUGUUCUCGAAUGUUCUUAUCGGUACCAUCCGCAGCGAAAUCGCCGACUGUUCUGAGAAGGCGUAUCCCUCCCUUCCCAUCUCCAACGCCAAGAACCUCCUCUUCCUGGAGUCUGAGGGUGCGGUCAUCGAGUUUGCCCAACAGCGUGGUUGGAUUCUUCACGAUGGACGGAUACACUUCCCUGUGGAGCCCGAGGCGGCCACAAGGUCCGAGAAGGACAUCCUGGUGGCCAGCGGCACGGUUAUUGAAAACACACUAGGAUAUGCUCGGGAGCUGGAGACAAUCGUUUAA